CCUGAGCGGGCAGGUGGCUCCGGCCCCGGGAGACCCAAGCAGCACUCAGGUGUGAAACCGGGCAAACUGUGGGCGACGGAGUCCGCGGGGGCCUUCGCCACGCGUGCACCGGGACCCGAGGAGGAGAGCCGGACGCUCCGGACCCCCGUCCUCUCCACCACCAUUUUGGAGACUCCGCUCGGACGCGCUCGGUGGUCCCACCGACUUCCAGGACGGACGCGUGCCGCUCUCUCACCGCCAACUAGGCGGCAACCCGUGUUUGCCGCGGUGACCCUUUGCCUGUGACUCUACGGAGCCUGGAGCCCCCCGAGAAUGCCGCGGAACGGACGCGGAACCCGCAGGGCAGCGCGAUGUCCGCGCAGGAGCUGUCCUCGCGGGAGCUGUCCCCGCAGGCCGUGUGUUUGGCGAAGGCCUGGGAGGAGCUCAACCAGACAGGUUGGUACUGGGGAAGUAUGACUGUUAGUGAAGCCAAGGAGAAAUUAAAAGAGGCACCCGAAGGAACUUUCUUGAUCAGAGAUAGUUCGCAUUCGGACUUCCUACUAACUAUAUCUGUGAAAACAUUAGCUGGACCAACUAAUCUGCGGAUCGAGUAUCAGAAUGGGAAAUUCAGGCUGGACUCUAUCUUGUGUGUCAAGUCCCAGCUUCAUCAGUUUGACAGUGUGGUCCAACUGAUCGACUACUACGUUCGUAUGUGCAGGGAGAAGUGGGCCAACCGCGCAGCCCACCCGAGCGGCGGCCUCCACCUGUACCUGACCAAACCGCUGUACACGGCCGCGCCGCCUCUGCAGCACCUCUGCAGGCUCACCAUCAACAGGCGCACCCGUGCCGUCUGGGCGCUGCCUCUGCCGACGAGACUAAAGGGUUACUUGGAAGAAUACAAAUUCCACAUAUAAGUGUUUCUUUUUUUCUAACCGUGCCUCACGUAGACUACCUCCAACGGCAGCUAUGUGAAAGAGCCAAAACCUGCCCCGGGUAACCACGCGGCGUUCCAAGAACACCUGAGUCAGUCUAACGCAAAUGUGUGACGGAGGUGACCAGAUAAGGUGCCCAAGGUAUUUCACCUAAGGCUUUUCUUCCUAAAACUAUGAACAGCUGAGCCUUUGAAGUUAAAGGUUAAACGUCUCAAGGAAGGCUAAAGGGCUGAAGUGACAUUUUCAUCGGAAUGCCCAACCUUUUGAAGGUUCUUUAUUUUUUUUUAGUUUUGCGUUUGGUUGAAGGUCCAAGCUCCAGCAGUAAAGGACUCCAUGGAGGAGUACUGAAGAAGGGGAAGGAAACUGAUGUAGGCUUUACUUCAGUGUUACGUGCCUGGUGCUCCGAGCCUAUUCGGCCACAUUAUAUUUUGUAUUCUGAUGUCCCUAGGAGUUUUGAUGAUCAGAUGUGCUUGAAUCGCAUGUGUGGCCUGCUAAGCUAUUUCCACAACAAGCUGAAGAAACACAAGGGUGACCCUGUGGAGUUCCUGAAGGGUCUGACGGAUACUCCAGGAAAAAUUAAACUGGAAACUCAGAGUCAAAAGUCUCCACUGACUUCGUCCUCUCCUGAUGCUUCGUGCACAGUCUACAGACCUCUAUCUUCAGCAAUAAAGCCGUGUCACCAAGGCCCCUUCUUACGCAGAAUUCAAAGUACAAUUUGACUUGAUAAUAGUUCAGCCGACAUUCUUCAUGACUCUUCAACUCAGCCCACCAGCCUGGCCCGUGACAGGGUGUGUGUGGAUGAACCGGGAGCCCUGCAUGUCAAGCGCCUUGUGCCACCAUGAAAUCAGGCUAGCCGACCGUCAGGCAGAAAUAUUUGUGCCUGUUGAACUGGAUGGAAUGAAAGGAGAAGAUGAAACAGCUCAUUAUACAUAAAAGUGUCUGGAAUGUGUAGGCCCUUGGAAAAUAUUAAUAGAAUCUGUGUCCACUAGGUACCUAAGUCCAUUUCUCAAAUCUUUCUCUCUGAGAAAAACAACAUUUGCCAUGGUAAUAAAAUCAAUUCAGGAUUCAGCAAAAUUCAGAGGGCACAUCAGUGAGAGGCAGUCGAGCAUUCGGGCUAAUGACUUGGACAUGAGUUCAUGCCUUGGCUCUACCACUCACUCGUGGUAUAACUUUGGUGGGCUUACGGUCCCUGACUUUCAGGUUUGUUUCUUAUACAGUUGUUACGAGCAUGAAAUAAUUGUGUAUUAAGCUUUUAGUACAGUAAUUCAUAGUAAACACUCAGGAAGUGCUAGUUAUUUUACUGAUAACUAUUUUGGGGAUAGAUGUGUAUAUCCACACAUAUGUGUGGAUAUAUAUAUUCACAGUAUUUUGCAAGUAAAUUCAGGUAUUUCAUGGAUUUCUUUGAAGCCUAUUUAUGCAUAGACACUUGGGGCCCAUAGGCCCCAAUUAUCUAUAAUAUAAAGUAUUUUCCAUGUAUUAUGUUAUUGAUCCACUAUCUGAUGUGUUGGGCUUUGCAGUAUUAUUUCCCCUCUGUGCUCAGGUAAUAGGUUUACAGACUUUCAAAUGUACUCCUAUGACCAACCAAAUGUGACAUCCUUGUUCUGAAUGUGACAAUCCUGAGUCUUACAAAUCCAGUCAAAUUCAGACCAAGCUCCAGUUACACAGCCUGGAAUGGUACAAAGCCUUCCCGACAUGUUCCUGUGGCAUCUCCUCAUCUUUCUCUCUGGCUCAUCUCUGGUCUCUUCUGGCCCCUUGUAUGCUCUUUCUGUUAUGUUCUGUGUUACCCCAUAUAUAGCUAGAACUUGGUCCCCUUACUGGUUCUCACAAGAAAUCUACAUUGAGUAUGUUGUGAUUUUGGUGAAGUGUCACAUUGUGGAACACAACUUUUCACCAUCCUCAUCACUUCAUCCUUCCCUUCCUCCUCUCUGGCACUUCGAGACAAUAUCUCCCUUUGCUUCAUUUAUGUAUGGUCCUCAGCCGUAUAUAGGGCUGUGAGGGUACCACUUUCUAUCCCACCCACUCAUCAAGAAUGGUUUUAUCAGACAAAUACAGCUCCUUUCCUAAGAUAAAUUUGGUGGGAAAAAUUUCUCCCUCUAAUUUCAGAUGAAUUAAUGUCAUAUUUUAUGUCUAAAUUUAUGUUCCCAGUGCCUUAGGACAGUACCUGCCAUGUAACAUGUUGAUCUACUGGGCCAGGGGGGAAGGGGAGGAGAGAGAAAGAGAGAGAGAGAGAAGGGAGAGGGGGGGAAGGGAGGAAGGAGGAAAGAAAUCCCGGAGCUUGUCCUGGACCCAGACCACGAUUCCAUUAGUCGGCUUAGCGGCUGGUCUGUAGGUGCCUGUCAUCCUGCUUAUUACUGUAGCACAGGUUUUGUCCUUUGCUUUUCUUUCAUGCCUAAUACCUCAGUGAUUUUUCCCAAGCUAAUUUUAGCCCUCACAAUAGAGUCAUGCUGUGGUUCUGCCCCCUUUUCCCUUUCCCCAUGAAGUAAGAGAAGUUCACAACUCACUUCCUAAUCCCCUCUCUGGUAAUUAGUUGACUCCGGGGGCACCUCACGAAGCCAGGAGCAUGUUGUCUUUCAUUUCCCCUCCUCCGAGUCUCUUCCCCUAUUAACUUCACCUUCCUCAGCCAGAGCAAAAACUAAUUGAUAUGCCUUCUUUCUCUGGACAUCAUUUGUCUCUUCAACAGUUUUUAUUUUUUUUAGAAGUUAUCUCCUCAGUUCCUAUAAAUUGUAGCCUUCCUAGUGUGGCCUUUCCCUUUCGGAGAGAUAUUAUUGGAACCUGGGCUUGAGUCUCCUUCAAUUCAGAAGAGAAACAAAUGUGGGCUUCUUCCCCACUUUUCUGGAAACCUCUUCAUAGAAUUUUGAGAGAGAUUAUGACUGAACCUUAAAAACUGCGUUACUCUGUGUUGUAUUGGGGGUGACCCAGCUUGAAGAAGUGCUGUGAAUUAAACACAAAAAGGAAGAAGAAAGCGACAGAAGCCACUGGCAGCUUUCCUGCUUUUCAGGAGGAGGGACCUUGCUUUGCACAGUGACACUCUCUCUGCCUCAGGCCCACGGUGGCACAAGGAGGUGAAAGAAAGAUGAGCCUUUCCCUGGUGAAGGUGCAUUAGACAUUCAGAUGGCUAACACUGAAUCGAGUGGCCAGACUGUGGCCUGUAAUUUAAUCACACACAGGACCUUCAUUUCCACAAUUUGUGCACUGUGUGUGUGAGUAGGAGGGACAGUUGCUUUUCAUUUCUGUAUAUCAGGUACUGAGCUGAAUACGUAUAACAUGGUUUGAAGUCAGAACUAUUCUGGAGCUGGUUUGAACUGGAGAACUGGUUGCUUGAAUGUGUGUAGGGCUAAGGAUACUGCAGCAGCUGCAGACUGUAAAGAAAAUGAGGAAAGGUUGCCUCCCAAUGUUGAAAUGUUUGAAAGAAUCCUCAAGACCUUUGGAAGAUGUGGUUGGGAAGCUGCUCCAUUCAGUCUCUGUUUAAGUCAAGUUCUGCACUAGAUGACAAAGGUCAACCGGAAAGAAGACUCAGUCCUUGUCUCAAAGGGCACCAUUGUCUGGAAAGGUAGACAGAAGUCACUGGAUAAUUAGAAGAAUAUGAUGAAAUAAUAUGAAUUUCCAGCAGUUGAGGAAUUAAGGUCUGUCUCCCCCACCGAACAGCGAGCCCCUUGAGUCCAGACAUUGUCUUCAUUUACCUCUCGGCUUCUGUUUUAACCUAGAGCUUGGGAAACCUUAAUUAUUUGGUAUUUAUGUACUUAAUAAAGGAACACACUGAGUAUAAGUACAGUAUUUUCUCUGGAACUUUUGGUGGCCAUGACUAAACAUACUGGUUUUCUUUCUGGCUUCAGGUCAUGGGCUAGUUAUUCUAAUCAGGUUAAAUUAUUUCAUAGAGGAGAUCACUGAAUUUAAAUAAUUCUCCCGAGGCUGUGGAAAUUGUUAAAUGGCUCAUCAAUUUUUGGUAAGUUUGUGAAAAACUCACUUGGUAAUAGAACCUGGUCUGUGCUGACACAUUCAUUUAUAGCUUUCAGUUAGCCCACUUGCUCUAAAAUUCAUAUUGUAUGCCAUAGAAACAUUAAUACACUUGAUUGUUGGGUGCUUGCCUUUUUCUAAAGUAUGAAAUAUUGAAAAUUCUAUAGUACAUCUUGCCCCAAGAAUUUCAGAGAAGGUACUGUGAAUGUGUAUAGUAUUAUUUCCUUAAGAGAACUUGUAUCACGUGGUAGGUGUGCUUAUUCUGUUAAUGCUCAGUUCAGCAAGGCAAAAUCAACUUCAUGUCCAACUGGUGUUAGUCAUUUGAACUUUAUUGUUUGUGUUAUUUUGUUUGCAUUUAACAGUUAAUGUAUUUUGGGUGAAAAUGUGUUGAAGCUAUAUGCAAUUGCUAUUAAUUACUAAUUUUAUGUUUAUACUAUUUAGGUACUACUAUAAUAAAAGCAAUCUAAGUAAAAUAAAAAAUGGAGGAAAUCAGUGAAAAAAUUGCAUAGCUAAAAUUAACUAAAAAAACCUCUCCUGUGGAUAUAGAACAGUAGAAA